UUUUUUCCCUUCUAUAUUCUCUCUAAAAUAUCGGCCUCCACGCUAUACUAACCUCCAAAGCGGAGCGAAAUAAUCCAGAGAAACUAACUGGCAUUUCGUACUCUGGAUUUUUCGAGAACGAGCUCCUGGGAGCUUCGGUACUAUUUAGUUGUGGAUUGUGGAGGAGUUGUUUAGGGUUUGUGAGAUGAGCAUGUGAUUGUAAAGAAAUUACGAGAGAUAGAGAGGGAGAGAAAGGGGGAAUGGAUGACAGAGGUGGGUCAUUUGUCGCUGUCAGGAGGAUAUCUCAAGGUCUCGAACGAGGCAACACCUGCCAUACAACGUCAGCUGAGGUUGUGGCAGGAUCAGCAGCAUGGCUUGGUCGUGGUCUUUCUUGUGUGUGUGCUCAGAGACAAGAGAAUGAUGCCCGCCCUUCAUUUGAUUUAACUCCUGCACAGGAGGAAUGCUUGCAGAAGUUACAAAGUCGUAUAGAUGUUGCCUAUGAUAGUUCAAUCCCUGAGCAUCAGGAAGCUCUGAGGGCUCUAUGGAAUGCCGCCUUUCCAGAAGAAGAACUUCGUGGUUUGAUAUCUGAGCAGUGGAAGGAAAUGGGCUGGCAAGGGAAGGAUCCAUCUACAGAUUUUAGGGGUGGUGGUUUUAUAUCGUUGGAGAACUUGUUGUUCUUUGCUAGAAAUUUUCCGAAAUCCUUCCAGGAUCUUCUUCAAAAGCGAGAAGGUGAUCGGUCAGUAUGGGAAUACCCAUUUGCUGUAGCUGGUGUCAACAUCACAUUCAUGCUCAUUCAGAUGCUUGAUCUUGAAGCAGUUAAGCCACGAUCGAUGGUUGGAGCCACUUUCUUGAAGUUUCUAGCAGAGAAUGAAUCAGCAUUUGACCUUCUCUACUGCAUCACGUUCAAGCUAAUGGACCAUCAAUGGCUUACCAUGCGCGCAUCAUACAUGGACUUCAAUACGGUUAUGAAAUCCACACGUCGUGAGCUUGAAAGAGAGCUUCUGCUGGAAGACAUAACACGGCUUGAAGACUUGCCAUCUUAUCGCCUUCUUACAAGAUAGAUAGCAGUUGGAGUUUUGACUGUUUUAACAGCAAGAUUUGUGCCAGAAGCAGGCACAUUCUCUUCUUCAUUUUUUAGGUUAUUGCAGCCGCCUUGUUUUUCCCUCUUUUUAAUUAGAUGGUUUGUGCAUGAUGUAAUGCUUUUUGUCAUAACUUCACUUGAAGCAAUGACACCGAACUCAAUGAAUCAUGAGUGGGUUGUUGAGUUUCUUGUACCCGGAAAAGAAAGGAAAUUCCAGAGUUCCUAAGGAAAAACCAUUGGUGUAACCGUGAUUGCUUUUUAGGUUCAAAAUAUAGUUGGUCUGUUUGUUGUAUUCCGUAGAAGAUCAAGAUUUUACCAUCCUCACGUGAUCCUGUAGUUCAAAAGUAGAUUGGAUUGUUUAUUACCAAUUGUAAGAACGUGAAAGUGGAAUUUACACCCGCUUUCCUGUUGAGUGCC